AUGGAACAGCAGGUUGACAGGCCAUGGCUUCUCACAGGUGAUUGGAACUCUAUCCUCAAAUCGUCAGAGAAGCAAGGUGGUGCUCCCCUUAACAUGGCCAAGACCAAAGCAUUCAGAGAUUGUAUGGAGGACUGUAGGCUUAUGGACCUAGGAUUCACAGGUCCUAGGUUUACGUGGUUCACAAGCAAGUCUAACCUAAAGGAAAGACUCGACAGAAGUAUCUGCAACCUGGAUUGGCACAAGGAAUUCCCCUCCUCCUUUGUCACUCACCUCCCAAAGAUUAAGUCUGAUCAUCGCCCGAUCCUGACAUGCAGCUCCACUGAUAAAGGAGAGAAGAAACCGGUGAGGAGAUUCCAGUUUCUUGCACCCUGGCUUACUCAUGAUGACUUCUUCCCUUUCCUUCAAUCUGUUUGGAAGAGAAAUUCUGAUUUUCAUUGUGCUUUGCAGGGCCUGACUGAAGACCUGAAAGACUGGAACCAAAAUGUCUUUGGUAACAUCUUCAAGAGAAAAAGAGAGCUGCUUAAUUGCCUUAAAUCAUUGGAGCUGAUCAACUGCAAGAAUCCCACCAGGAACUCAACUGCAAAAGAACAGGAAACAAGGGAGGAACUGGAAAAUACCUUAUGGCAGGAAGAGCUACUCUGGAUUCAGAAGUCUAGAGCCAACUGGGUUGUGUUUGGGGAUAUGAACACAAGCUUCUUCCACAACUCAACUCUCAGUAGAAGAAAGCAUAACAGAAUACUGAGCCUGAAAGAUGACAAUGGACAGUGGGUGACUGAUCCUGAAGCCCUUGAGCUGAUGGCUAGAACCCACUAUGUCAAACUCUACUCAAGAGAAGAAAGAACAGAAGAAAUCCCUCUCCCUGCUGAUUUCCCUCGUCUGGAUGCUCAUAGGCUGCUUUGUAUUGGAAGCAUGCCUACAGUGGAGGAGAUCAGGGCCACGGUUAUGGAGAUGAACGGUCUAAAAGCACCUGGCAAAGAUGGAUAUCAGGCGCUUUUCUACCAAAAAUGCUGGACUCAAAUCAAAAAGGAGUUCACCCUCUUCAUCCAAAUGUGCUUUAGAGAGCAUAAAAGUAUUGAGCUGGUCAACGAAACCCUCUUGGCUUUGAUUCCAAAAGUGGAAGGACCUUGCUCUAUGAAUCAAUUCAGACCUAUUAGCCUAUGUAACGUGGGGUACAAGGUGGUGGCUAAGAGGAUUGCCAACAAGCUGAAGACCCUUAUGCCUGACCUCGUCCACCCUAACCAGUCAAGUUUUGUUCCCAAACGCCACAUCACUGACAACAUUAUUAUUCUGCAGGAGGCUGUCCACUCUAUGUCCAAGAAGUCAGGAAAGAAAGGGAAUAUGCUGCUCAAAAUUGACUUGGCCAAAGCCUAUGAUAGGAUAGAUUGGCAUUUUCUGGAAAACACACUGAAGGAAGCUCACUUGCCCAAUGACUGCAUCUCCCUCAUUAUGGCUUGUGUCACCUCCACCAGUUUCCAGGUUCUUUGGAAUGGAGGGGCUACUGAGAGCUUCAAGCCCUCUAGAGGCCUUAGACAAGGCUGCCCUCUCUCUCCCUACUUGUUUACCUUGUGCAUUGAAAGACUUAGCCAUUGUAUCCUUAGUGAGGUUAAGAAUGGAAACUGGAAACCUAUGAAACUGUCUGCAGAUGGCCCUCCUCUUUCCCAUUUGUUUUUUGCAGAUGACCUGGUGCUGUUUGCUGAAGCCAAUCCUAAGCAUGCUGAGGUUGUCAUGUCUUGUAUGGAGAGGUUUUGCCUGGCAUCUGGGGAGCUCAUUAGUAAGGAGAAAUCAAGAGUGUUUUUCUCAAAGAACACAACUAGAGCUACAAGGGGUGAAGUGUGUUCCAGACUUGGGAUUCAAGAAACACAAGACCUUGGGAGGUACCUUGGCAUGCCUGUCAUCCAUGGCAGAGUUACCAAAAGCACCUACAGAUUCAUCCUGGAGAAAAUUGACAACAAGCUCACUGCUUGGAAGGCUAGGACACUCUCCCUUGCUGGGAGAGUUACUCUAGCUUUGGCUGUUUUAAAUGCUAUACCUAAUUAUGCAAUGCAAACUUCACCCCUUCCUGCUGCUGUGUGUGAUGAAAUUGACAGGAAAAUAAGGAUGUUUGUUUGGGGAGGACAGGCAGGGAAGAAGAAAACCCACCUCUUAUCAUGGAAUACUGUGUGCAAGCCCAAAAGCCAGGGAGGUCUUAGACUCCGCUCUGCCCCGCAACUUGAACAUGGCAUACAUGAUCAAGCUGGCGUGGCAAAUCCUUAA